UUUGUUUUUUCAUCUUGCAACAUAAUAAUCGUGGUGGCUUAAGUUUGGAAAAGUGAAGUGUUUUUAUCGGUCCGUUUGAUUGAUAAAUUUUGCCGAAAAAUCAGGUUAUUUUUAAGAGAGGGUUUAAUUAGAAUUUACCGUGAUAAACGUGAAUUGUAUUCUGUUAGGAACAUUACUCAAAUUGUUGUGAUGAUGAUGAUUAGGGCUGACUAAAGCGCUUUCUCUGUCUAUACAAUAACUGAUUAUAUGUACAGUGACCACCAAUAUCUAUUUAUCGGAAUUUAAUAGAAAAUACAGCUCAAAAUGUCGGGGAGACCUUAUACAGUGUCAGAGCUAAAGACUAUUGUCGAUUAUUUAGUGGAAAACAAAUUGUAUAGUGAAACAAGAGCUAGGAAGAUGUGGGUUGAUUUUGCCAACACAAAGAUUACAAAUAGAACAUGGCAGAGUUUGAAAGAAACUUUUUUGAAACGGAUAUUACCGGACAUACACAAUCCAUAUUACAAACUAACUAAUGAACAGAUUAGCAGUUUCAGAGCCAGAUGUGAUCUAGCAGAUAAAGACAAGAAUAAACUUGAAAUUCACACUAUAAGUGAUGACUCCAGUUCUAAUGGUCAUAAUCCGAAAGAUAAUGAGCCGUCAAAUGAUGAAGGGGAGACCAAUGCAGGUGAGAAUACAAAAUGUUCAAAGAUACCUAUGAGAAAUAGAUCUUCUGCUGACACAGUCAUACUUGAGCACUGCUAUGAAACUGUGGAGGAUAUAAAAAGGGAUUUGGAAUCCACUGAAGAGAAAAUACAAGAUUUAAAGCAAUCUGUGGCUAACAAAUCUCUAAGGGAUUGUAUAACUUAUUCUGAACCAUUAACACCAAUGCUGCAAGAAGUACUGGAUGAUUUUGCGUCAGAACCAGAAGAUUCUGACAGAGAAAACCGGAUGGAAAUUGUUGAGAGUGAGAGUGUGCCAGAAGCUGACAAUGUUGAAGACAUUGAGAUCAUUCAUGAACAGGUUCCUGACUUUGACAAUGAUAAUGCCACUUCGAAGAGUGCUGAAGCUGAAGUCGAUGGUACAGGAAAUGAUAAUGGAGCAGAAACUGUUGAAGAAUUGUUAGACCAAGAAAUAGAUAGUGAAAGCUGUCCAGAUAACAGACCUCCGAACACAAAUUCAAAUGCAGAUGAAUCUGAAGGAGUUGUUUUGGAUGAGGAAAUUUCUUCAAUGCAAGCUGAAACAAACACUGAUAAGAAUAUUGACAUCAACUCGGAACUAAUUGAUUCUGUCUCUGUUGAAAAAGAAAUACAACCAGACAGUUUUGCAGGAGAUACAAGUUCUAAUAAGUUACAUACAGAACCUCAAGUACAAUCGAAUGCCAUCAAUAACUCUAAUAGUACAGUAGACGCCUCUCUUCCAAAUAAUCCAGAGGCAUUUAAGAAUAAACAAUCUAAGAAUGUUGAAGUCAAUAACCAAAAGACACAAGAAAUUACAAAAGAAGUUUCAAAUGUAAGUGAUAAAACUAAAAAUGCUGCGAAAGCUACAAGGAAAAGGUCUGUUUCUGAAGAUCAGUCUACUUACACACAUAAAAAGAAAAAGCGUCUUCACAUCCAGCUGAAGUCAUCUUCGGAAUCUGAUGGGAAGCCAACAACAGAAUCUCAAAGAAAUGUUGCUCAGGACGAUAAGCUGCCAAAGGUUAACGGCGAUGUUACUAAAGCUCCGGCAGUGAAAAUGGGCAAGCGUAAAGGUACAGAUGAGUGCAAACCUUCAACGAGCGCAGCAACCCGUAUCGAAAAUGUCUUUGAAAUAGAAGAUGCCACAACGGAACUGCCGCCGGCGGUUAUAAACCCUUGCUUGCAAAACGUCAGCUUAUUUGACGAACAAUUCAAUAAAACUAGACAUAACAUGUCCGAAUCUAGUGAUUCUGAGAAGAAUAAGAAGCAGACUGAAGUGGAGAAACCAAAUUCGCAUUUAAAUGUUGCGAAAGUUUCUAAGGAAGCGCGGAAAUCUUGUACGGAGUCCGACACUGAAACAACGCCAUCUCCGCCGAAGAAAAAGAAACGCGUUGGUGUGAUAUCAAGUAAAACAGAAAGAGACAAAGCUAUUGCUCACAUGUUUGGAGUAACUAGUGGUGGAGGAGUACACUCAAAGCGCAAAAGACGUGUCAGUCGUCGAGCACGAACCAUUUCGCACAAUACAUCACAACAAAAUGCAGCUCACUCAAAUACAAGUGAUUGGACUUCAGAGAGUGAGAGCGACGAAUACGUGUCGCCACCUCGCGGCCGUAGAAACAGACCGACUAGGAAAUAUCUGAAGCCGCGUUCAGCCAAGAUAUCAUCACUUGAGGAGGAAGGCGGACUGUUCGUCAUGUACGGCAAAAGAAUAUACCCAGUUGUCAAAGAUGGCAAAAUCAUCAAGAACUAUGUAACAUUCCUACCCGAAAGUGAAUCCGAUGAAGAAUUGUUCUGGAAACAGAAGUAUGUGGAGGAAAAGAAGAAGGCUGCUGAGUUGAAGAAGUUACUAGAUGAAGCUACAGAGCCUAAACAAAACCCAGUAGAUAAUAAUACAGCCGUUCAGCAACCUAACCCAAUAAGAACUCCAAGACCUAGUCUAGUACAAGUGGCUGAACCGUCGAAUGGUCUUGCCAAAGAUGUACCUUCACCACAACUAGAAGAGAAGAAAGAAAUGCAACAAAUGGGCCCUCCUGAAAAAAUAAAAAUAAAAUUUACAAAGAAUAAUGAGGAGGUGCACUUGGAAGGUCAUUGGCCCCAGAUCCACCCAGUACUAGAGCAGGUAGUGCAGAUCUUCCACAAAGAGUCUGAAUCAGCUGUCAGCGAGCCGCCACCGAAGCCCGCCGCUACCAAUGGAGUUAAGGAACCGAACAGUGGACUGUCAACACCCAUUGUAGUUACUGUUGACCCAGAAGUACAUGAAAAAGUGAAUAAAAUUGAGAAAGAGAUAUUUCAAGAGAUUGAGAAACGAGACCAAGAAGAAGAUGUAAAACCGAAUGGAGUCAGUAACGUCACUAAAAGGAAACAGCCUGCACAAAGAAAAUCAUCAUCAUCAUCGUUACCCACGCCUGAGAAACAGCAAAAAAUAUCUAAUGUGACAAAUAAACAGUCAAAAGAAUCAAUAGAAAAUGGCCGACCGCGUCGACAGAAGGCAAAAGAGACGGAAAAUAAAUCCGUUGAUAAUAAAGAAAUAUCUCCCAAGAGACAAACUAGAUCGCCCCGUAAAGUACUAAAUGAAACUGUAAACACAAACAACUUAAAAACAAUGCAAACUCGGCGAUCGAAGCAGAAUUUAGACACUAGCAACCCCAAAGAUCAAGAAGAAGAAGAAGAAGAAGUCAAAUACAUGUUGGCAACACGGAGCAAGAGACUUUCACUUAAGACAGCUAACAAUAAAACAAACAAAAAAACGUAUAAAAGUGCUGAAAAUCUUCCGAGGAUAUUCUCUUCGCCUGAUCAUUUGGCGCCUUAUUCUAUGGACAGUACUCAAGGGUACCAGGAUUCGGACAUCAGCCCGGCAAAACCAGAAACAAGGAGAAAGAAAAAACUGGAUAUGUCCAGCUUCGUGAUCAAGACAAGAAAUUCGUUACGUCGAAGUUCAAAAAAUAAAUCCUAUCCUUAUUUACACUGUGAUGCAUACAACGACUCCAGCAACUCGUCUUUAGAUGCGCCCACAAAGGUUGCUCAGGAAAAUUCAACUCUAAAAUCCGAUGCUUACAGGUCAGACUCCUACCAACUCCUUAUGCCCCAAGUAAAGAUUGUACUAUCGAGGCAUUUAGAACCAAUACACGAAACUUCCCUUAAUGCAAAUGAAACGUAUUUUACCAAAGAAAUGCCCUCUGAAAAUGUAUCAGCUCCUAAAACUGAUAAUCACACCAGCAACUCUGGUCAAAUCACGAGUGAUAUCGGCAGUUCCAGCAAUAUGUCCCUUCCAAUGUCCCCGGAAUUAUCGAUUGUAGAGAACUUAUCUAUAUCGAAAGAGAUUCUUAACUCUGCUGAAGAUUACCCAACUAUUAAUGAAUUGCCAAAUGAAGACGCAAAUGGGCCAAUGGCGUGUGACAAUUACAAUUAUAGGAUAUCAGAAGUCGAUGUUACCCUACCACUCAUGAACCAGGAAUGUGAUUUUGAAAGUUAUCACACAGCAAGCGAUCCCCACAGUGGAGGGCAAGGAUUGGUAACAGAAUCCUUGCUCAAUAAAAUCGACACUUUCAAUAUAAACGAACAAGUAACUGCAACAGAUACACUGAAUAAAAAGCUUCAUGAUCUGCUUCUGGAAAGUGCCAAGAAAGUGAGUAGAAAAGCAAGUACAGAAAAUAAAGAUAGCGUUAUGGAAGUAGAUGUUACAAAUUGCCCCAGUGACGCAAAAAAGAAAGCUAAAGCCAAAAAGAGAUGUUCCACUCCUCAGAAAAGAAAGGGAUCAAAGAAAUCUGCGGCUCCUCAAGUGGAUCCUGUCGUAGAAGAGGAACAUGUCGAAUCCUUCUCACAUGGCGGCGGUAGAAAGUCAUGUCCGCCUCUUUUCCAAGCAUAUCUAGGCGGUGAAGUAAUCACUGAAGAAAUAGAUAUCGCCAACCUUACAAUCGCUAAUGAAAAACCAAAGGGCAGAAAGAAGAAAGACAUUAUCAGAGUUAAAAUACAGAGGCCUAAACAUAAAUUGGGUUACGAGAAAGUUCGUUCGAAAUCUGCUAAAAAUGCAAGCAAGUUGUCAGUUUUCACGGAUAGCGGUAUUAAUGACACUGAGUCAGAGGUGUUUCAACCUGCUAAUGAAAGUGUGGAACUAAUACAUAAUCAUUCAGAAACGUGCCUACUUGCUAAUGACUGUGUAGGUGACAGUUUAGAGUUUGUAGAAAAUUCCAAAUCCGUUAUAACUCUAGACGAUUCGUUGCAAUCUGGCGAUGCGUGGAACAAUCAAACUCAGAUCGCUGAUGAACACUGCCCUUCGCCUUCACCUGAUUUCUUUUGCAACAAUGCUCAAGAUGUCUGCUCGUACAAAAAUACUCAAACGGAUAUCGAUAGUGUAAGCGAAACAGUAUACCAUAGCCCGUAUGGAACACCCAACAGCCUUAUUACGGAAGACAUUUCAGACGAUUCUCCUUUGGCUUCACGUCCGGCGAAAUGGUAUUUAUUGAGCGAAGAUGAAACCAAUAACACGAACUUGGUGGGGCAAGGAUCAGCCAUGUUGAAUGCUGGGAGCUACGCGUCCAACCUCAAACAUAUAUUCCCAGUUACUUGCGCCGUACCAGAUUUAUCCACCAUUACAGAGAUGUCAGAUAGCAGCAGAAAACCCGCUCUAGAAGAUUUAGCCGGUCUAACAGGAGAUGACUUUAAUUCCUUAAGCGUUUUCGAUUCUAAUUUUAAUGUUUGAUCUAUUCUAGCCUGGUG